UUUCUUUAUUAAAUAAACUCGUACUCCCCUUUUCUUUCUCUUCCUUUACCUCUCCGCUCGGCAUUCAGGUACAUAUACAAUUACAGAGGUCAUUGUUCAAGACCCUUCCUUCCCCUCGCGAUCGGAUAAAUCAGGUCUCCAUGUUUCAACCCCUUGUUCUCUCCCCGCCUUGAAGCAAGAAACUUGUCUUUAUUUCCACCCCCCAAUCAACACCAUGUUAUCAGUACAAAGACAUUUCGGUAAAUUGAUGAAGAGGUCCGCCGACGAAAGCCAGGUGGCUAUCCUCCUCAAAGAUUUCGAUGAAGCAGAUAAAUUAUUGGGCAGGAUCAUUGAUUCUACGAAAGCUUGGCGAGAUGCUUGGUCCUCCCUCCUCGCCUACCAGGCGCGAAUGCUCAGCGAAUUAGAAGGAUUAUAUGCUCCCAUUGUUGCCUCCUCCGACUCCUCGACAGCUGGCAAAGGUGUUCAGACGCCCCAAGAAACAUUGGCCCGAACCGCUAAGCUAGCGCAAGAAUAUGAAGAGUUGCAGAACGAGCUCUUAGAGGAGCUCAAUGCCAUCAAUGAACGUAUGAUCAAACCCGCCACCCAGGCCAGGGACUAUAUGAAGCCUUUGGAAAAGACAAUCAAAAAGCGGGACGACCGAAAGCUAGAUUACGAGCGCUACCAAGGUCGCGUCGACAGCUACUCGAAAAAGACGAAGCGAUCGGACCGGGACAAUGCAUCGCUGACCAAAGCUGAAAAUGAUCUCGCGAGAGCAAGAGAAGAAUAUAACGCCGCAGACGAGCACUUGCGAAAAUGCCUACCACCAAUCAUCACCGCCGCAUUCUCUCUCCUCCCGCGUCUCCUAGCCACCCAGAUCGAGAUCCAGAAUACCAUGCUAGCAAAUUACUACACCGUGGUCCAGAACUAUUGCGAACAGGAGCACUUCCCCUCACCAUCACCUCCGAUGGAACAGAUCAUCCAAGACUGGGAACACUCCCAUCUACCUAUCCAGCAAGAAGUCGAAGCACUCGGCUGUCUCGUAAACGGCAAAGCAGUGCGUCUAUCCCCAGGAUUGGACGAUCAACGAAACGGACACAGCCGUCUACCGAAUGGAUUCAACUUCCGUCGCCCCUCGAGCAGCAGUGCCACCGGCCCUGCACCGGCCCUGCACCAACCAACCUCCCCUGGCCGUAAACUCUCCGCCCCGUCCCCAGUCUUCGAAACAAAACCAUCCCCAGUAAUGGAAACCAAACCCCGCAUGAACAACCUCGCCUCCUCCCCUUCCUCUACCCUCGCCGUCCCAACGGCCCAUCUCACCCCACACACCUCAGCUUCAGCUUCCUCCCCAGCGGAAUCCUACACCUCAGCCCGAACAGACUACUUCAGCCGCAAUCAACAUCCCUCGGACAGCCCCGCGACAUCCCCAGGUUAUGGGGUGCUCGCGGCCGCGAAGAAGAAACCACCACCUCCCCCUCCGAAACGGAUCGGUUCAAACCAGGGCUUAUACGUCACGGCUCUCUAUGACUUCGGUGGCCAGAGCUCCGGCGAUCUCGCCUUUCGCGAAGGGGAUAGGAUUCGUGUUGUGAAGAAAACGGAUAGUACAGAUGAUUGGUGGGAAGGCGAACUCCGUGGUGUUAAGGGGAGCUUUCCGGCUAACUAUGUGGAGUGAAAAAAAAUAUAUAUAUGGCGAGUUUACUUUCAUUCCGGAGUUACAGGGCGAGAUAAUGAAAGUUGGACAGGGGAAUUGUCCGUUGUUACUUAUAGUUCAUUGGCACUUAGUUUCGUGGCUCCCUGAGCAUGAUGAGAUACUCUAUUUCCCUUGUUUAUAUCUCAGCAUGUACCUAUCUUCAAAAAGGAACAUGAGAAGCAUGACUGAAUGACUGAUGAAUUUAAUUCAAUCAUUAGAAUCGUAUACCUCCGGUGACUACCGUUUACUAUACUCUAUGCGAAUUAGAACUACCUACUUAUUGCCUUUUUAAGACACUAGGGCUUGGAAUAGUAAGGUUCGAGACUCGUCUCAUCCGAGUUGUUCCGUUCUUUCUUACUCAAAGAUGUUGAAAAUGUCUGCGUAUGGUUGUGCAUCAGUAUAUGGGGCACUCGACUAAACAAUUGGUUAUGUAGGUGAGGGCAGAGACUUGAAAAAUAGGGAAGAUCUCUAUAGAUAGAUGUGAUUUUAUUUAACUACGCCUAUUCUUAUUUCACCUGAGAAGAAGAAAAAAAGUACAACUAUGAUGAACGGAGCAGAACCCCUACGUCUACGUGGCUA